AUGCUUUCAGAUGAAUAUUUGGAGAAGAUUGAAAUCACACUAAGCAAUCCUUUUACUGUGCAGAUGAGUCAGGAGACCUUUUGUCGGCUCAGAGGACUAGCAGAGAAGCAGGCAAGGCACUAUCCACAAGACAGGCUAUAUAAGAUUCUUGGUCUUAUAUGCAGCAGGCUUAACAGACAGACACUCAGAAUAGCUGGGAGAGAAGAUGAAAAAGAGUGUAUAUUUGAAAUAUAUGAGAAUCAGCAAAUUAGUGUGUGCGGGAUAGAGAUGGGCCUGCCACUUGGUCUGAAAGUUCUGGCAUACGGGAUAAAAAGAGGACUUAGUGUGGAUAGGGAUAUCUUAUUGAAAAUUGCACACUUAGAGACAAAGUCAUUCUUGGCCCAGAAGGCACUUGUAAGCAUAUCCAAGGCAGUUGUGCAGAGAGGGCUUGAUUAUGACGGUCUCUUUUAUAAUAGAAUAAUUGAGAUGCUAGGGGAGUCAAACAGUGAUGUGAAGAUAAAAGCAAUACAAGCAGCCCUGAAGAUUCGGGAAAAAAGCAGCUUAAUCGAAAACACAAUUGAUGCCCUUCUGAAAGAUAGUGAGAAGACAGUUCCAAAUCCUAUCUGGGCACCUGCCAUGCUCGCCCUGCUGGGAGUUCAUAUAUACAGAGAGAAGAAAGGGGAGAAAAGCAAAAAUGUAAAAAUAGCUUUGAGAAUAGUGAAGAAUUAUAUGGUGAAAAUAUCAAAUGAAAAGGUCAUGAAUGGGCUUAUGGUGAUACUCUGGGGGAUGACACAGGUUGGAGUUAAAGCACAUCUUCCCUUUUUAAUUCUUCUCUCGAUAUUCUCGCGGUCAAGUGAUGUAAGGAAGACUGCGUCUGGGCUGCUUGUUGAGUAUUUAGGGCACAAUCCAUGUGACCAGUCUCUGCGCAUAAUUGACACAAUACGCAGCAGAAGGCCAGAUAUAAAGGCACUUCUUAAAUUUGGGCGAAUCAGCAGAAGCCUGCUUGCAGAGUUCUCAGUCGUACUUGUAUCAGAAGGAGUGCCUCUUCUCAUAAAAAGAGCUGCACAGCUGAAGGUGUACGCACAGCAGGAGUGCACCUGGGAUGCAGCAGACCUUUUUAGCAAAGUGUGCGCUCUCAGGGUGUGCCUAAUCCAGCACAGAAGAGAGGAAAAAAGGAAAAGAUCAGAAGACGUAGAAGAAGUGAAAAUGUCAGAUAUAGCAAAAGACACAGAGAUGCAGAAAGAAUCAAAAAAUACAGAAGAAAUAAUUCAGAGUCAAAAUAUACCUUCUAGAGAGAUAUGUUUAUCUGAUAAGGAGAUAGAUGGAAUAUAUUCAAGUGUGAGUGAAAUAAACAACCUAUCAGUUCGGAAGACACUUGCAGAAAUAUCCGAAAAAGAUUCAUCUACAGAACUCAACGGCCAAUUAGAAAGGCAGAAAUCUGCAGAGCUGUUGGAUACGCUAGCCCGAAUUGUGCAGGACAUUUCACCAAAGAUACUCUCUCCCUUGGUGAAAAUUGAGGCAGAGGCACUUAGACUGCAGAUUAAGGCUAUUCGGAUUCUUGGACUCGCAGCUCCGCAUGCAGAAGCUGCUAUUAUGCACUGCAUGGCAAAGAAUAUCUUCACAAAAGAAGUGCUUCAAGUGCUUCUGCUGCAUGCGCACAGUAUUAACGAACAAAUUGCACUGCGCCUUGGUCGAGCCGUUAAAACACAAACAACAGUUCUUGCACUGAUUAUUAUAAAGCACCCACUGCUGCAGACCAUCCAGAACGAAGAGUGCCCUAGAAUGUCUAUUCUUAAAUCAUCCCCAGGAUAUGCUUCGUACAUCUAUCUGCUGGCCAUAAAGAGACUUGUUCCUGUGGAAAGAGCAAAGUCCAUUCUAUUUAGCCUGCUAGACUGCUAUACUACGGACCCCUUACUUGGGGACAUUGGCUCACACUGUCGCCUGGAUGCACUCUGCAUACUUGCCAGAGCAGCAUGGCCCAGCCGGCCAUAUAAGUACCCGUACAGCAUCAGACAGGGCACACAGCCUGUUCCCAUAUCAUUUGUGCUAUCUCGCUUGAAACUGCCAGAAAUAGAUUUCAGCUUCACAGAAGCAGAGCGUGCGCUGCUUGUAAGAUACACCCUUAAGCUGGCAGCUGAUAAAUCAAGAAGAAUAUCCCACAUUGUAUUCACCUGCAUACUGCCAUCAGUUAAAAGAGUGCAGCCGCACUCCUUUUUGUCACACAUCCUGGCAGUCUACCAAAAAAGCACUAAAACUUCCCCAUUAGAAGAUGCAGCUGUAGCAGCUGCCACUUCCACAGGACUUAGCCUUCUCCGAAUUUCCAUGCAGAGAGGGCAAGAGACCACCUCUACCACAAAUAGACAGUCUGCCAGAAAGGCGCUUAAAAUGCUUCUGUCCGGUCUCCUGAAUGCACUUGUUUCAGCAGAUGGCCGACUUUUCCAGAAAAUACUUUUGCAUGGAAAGAAACUCUUCAGAAGAAAAAAAAUACAGAAAAUCGUGAAGAGUCUCCUGGAAAAAAUCUCUGAGUCCGCCAAUAAGCAGGCAGCAUGGAAGAUCAAUGAGAUAAGCAAGGAGAUUUUGAUUUAA